CUCCCUCCCCUUUCCCGGCUCCUCCUCUGUCGGGCUCCUCGGUCCAUCGAGCGAUCUUCCUAAACUUUCCGUUUCAAAGCUUCCUGAAGCUUCGCCACUCGAUGCGGGGACGAGGGCGACAGCGGGAACAGAUGGGGGACAUGUGCAAGAAAUGAAAUAUAAACGAUGGUACUGAUGACCGAGCAGGCGGACAGACCUCUGACCCCGUUAUCCACACCGGAGCAACUUUUCAACAAGGAUUCCCGAGGGAAUCGCUCGACGUCUGAGGCGGAGAAUGGAGGUGAGAGGGGACAGAGGAGGCGCGGGCGGUCACCUACACAUCUCCACCUGUGUCUGGACACAGAGUCAGAUCCCUCAGAGAGCAGGAAGAAAGCGGCUAGCAUGAGGCUGAAACCUGUGGAGCAGCUCUCACCAAUGCUGGGUCCAGGUGACUUUGAAACAAAAUUUGAAAGGAAGAAAUCGCAGCCCAGCCAGUUAUCAAAAACAAAUGCCCAGUAUCAUAAAUUAUUCAAGGAAGUCAGCAAAGAUGAGUUACUCAAACAAAGUUACACUUGCGCCCUGCAGAAAGACAUGUUAUAUCAGGGCAAAAUGUUCGUCUCUGAUAACUGGAUCUGUUUUCACUCCAAAGUCUUUGGCAGAGAUACCAAGAUUUCAAUCCCAGUGAUGUCUGUGACAUUUAUCAAAAAAACUAAAACUGCAUUAUUGGUGCCAAACGCCCUCGUGAUUGAAACUAGCAGUGACCAGCACGUGUUUGUGUCCUUCCUCUCUCGAAACACCACCUACAAACUUCUGAAAUCCAUCUGCAUUCAUUUGGAGGUGGAUAAGACUUGUAACAGCCCUGUUACGUCCUCCUGUGAAAGCAGCUUCAGAGUCAACUGCCCAUCUUCACUUCCUCUGGACUUUUCUGGAGACUUCUCUGAUCUGGAUGGAGUUGUGCAGCAGAGACGGCAGGAGAUGAUGGAGAGCAGUAGCUCGGGGUCUCAGACUCCAGAUUAUGACAAAAUAACCGACUUCACCGGACUCCCAGACACAUUUCUAAGUGCGGUGAAGAGUGGGGAGGUUUCAGUCCACGCAGACAUUCACCUCCAGACUCCAAGCCAAAAGCACGGACCUUCCCUCAAGAACGGGUCAGCCAAGCCAACCCGUGGAGUCACGCUAAAGGACAAAUCCUCUCAGCCUAUGUCGUUACACGCCAUCCUCCUAAUCUAUUUGGUUUUAGUCAGUGUUCUCGUCUUGUCCUCCUGUUACAUGGCUUUCAAGAUUGUGGCUCUUGAGCAUCGUUUGAACUCUUUGGUGUCCAUGGGGGAACACAUUCGAAAUGAAAAUGCAGUGAGCCACAGGUCCCAGGAUGAAGUGAAUGCUGAGAUCUAUGGAGAACUGUCUACCAACCUGUUCAAACUAGAAAAGAUUCAAAGAAACCUCCGCAAGCUACUUGAAGAGACUUAAAAGAAGACUGUUGUCUGUUUGCCUGCCCAGACAGAAGCUUUAUCUUUUAUUAGACAUGUUGGCUGAACUGUGCAGAUCAGCAGUUUUCAGGUUUGGUAAUAGAUCUGAUGCCAAAGCAUGGACAGCUCAUACAGAAAACUUUUUUUUUUUUAACCGGUGUGAACUUUAACUUAAAUAGUGCAAUAAGAGCUUCUUUCCCCUUUCCACUCAGGACUAUUUUCUCACUUUUUUAAAACAGAAAGCUGUGCUAGAGUGUAAACUGAAGCUGUGUGGUAGUGUGCCAGUGUUAGUGUUAGUUAAGCAGAAGUUUAAAGCACAUGUGUAGUAUUUAUCUGAGAGCAUUGAUUUGGCUUUUCACAAUAGUGGGAUUUUUAUCGAGGUAUCAGGUCCAAAGGUCCUAUUUCAAUGUUUUCCAAACAUUUCAGAAAAGGUCAACUUGUGCUGUAAUUAUGUUCUUUUGUUAGAAUUAAGUUGCCAAUAAAUUAUAUUUAUGUCAUGUAUAUAAGUCACUCAGCAAGGGAUGUUUGUAUAGUGUGGUUAUCUAAAGGCUAAAAUUCACUGUACAUUUGUGAAUAUAGUCUGGCUGCUUGGGCUUAGAUGAGUAGAAGUUUAAGUGCAAAUGAAAGCAGAUCAGCUGAGUUUAAUAGAUGCCUUUAUUGUAAAUAUGAAUUUUUAACAAAAAAUAUUAACUUUGCUUCUUAAAGGCCCAAUCUGUACUCAUAUGCAUUAGAGGUUUAUUCACUUUCAUAAUUGAAAAGCUUCUCAAAUGAGCAUGAUUUAAAAAUUUGUCCUGUUUUUAUAUUAAUCAGCAUCAUAGGACAUUUCCACUGUAACUUUGAUUUUGCUACUGUCAAGUGCCAUCAAUCAUUUCAGGAGCAAUAGGAGCUUGUUUUCUGCUAUGGUAGUGUGGUGACCCUUCUGUUUACAUUUAGAUCACAUACUGUGCCUUUCCAUGUUGCAUUAUAACUGCAUCAGAGUCCUGAAAUAAAUGGCUCUCAUACUCU